GUUAACUAACUAGUUAACCAUGUUCGGACAGCAAGGAUUUGAACCUGGCAUAGCCUUUGGCACUUUUUUCAAACCUCGAGGACGAAAUUCACCCUUUCAAUAAUGUUUACGCUCUCUUCACUUCUUGGUACUGAGUCACCAUGCGUCUCUUCCGCGCGAUUGCGUUCGCAACACUUACCUUGACCACGGACGCCUUGUCAUUAGAUCUGGACAGCAUUGAUUCUACCAAAGAUGCCGCAAAGUCGGUAGCCAAAGGCGUCCUUGCCGAUUAUCCCGGCACCCAGAGUGAGAAUGCGAUUGGGGUUUGGAACUCGCCAUACUACUUCUGGUCGGCCGGAGCUGUAUGGGAUGCGUUGGUAGAUUAUUGGCAUCUGACGGGCGACUCCUCCUAUAAUGACCUUGUUGCGCAGGCGCUCCAGGCGCAAAUAGGACCUGAGGAUGCCUAUAUGCCUCUGAAUCAGACCGCCACCCUGAUGAACGAGGACCAAUUCUACUGGGGUCGAGCAGCACUUACUGCCGCUGAACGAGACUUCGUAAGCCCUUCAAACUCCAUCCCCUACGUGCGCCUCGCCUCGAACGUCUUCGAUACGCAGGUACUGCGUUGGGAUACGGAAAGCUGCAAUGGAGGUCUACGGCGGGGAAUAUUCCCGUUUAAUAACGGCUACAACUACAAAAAUGCUGGUUCGAAUGCCGGCUUCUUUCAACUCGCGGCCAGGCUGGCACGCGUGACCGGAAAUGAUACCUACUCUGAUUGGGCUAGCAAGACGUUUGACUGGCUAGAAACGAUCGGCCUUGUUGGCCCAAAUGGUGCCGUUUACGAUGGUACUAAACUACAAUCUGACUGUAGUGAGAUAAAUCACAUCGAGUGGACUGUCAAUUCUGGACUUCUCCUUCACGGGAGUGCUAUCAUGUACAACAUCACGAAUGGCUCUCCGCAAUGGCGGACCCGAGUCGAAAAGCUAAUGGAGCGUUCUUCAAUCUUCUUCGACGACGGUAUCAUGAUCGAAGCGGCAUGCGAACCAUUUGGAACCUGUAAUAUCGACCAUCGCUUCUACAAAGGGAUCUUCGCCUCGAACCUGGCGCAGACGGCGCAAUAUGCCCCAUUCUCAGCAUCAACCAUCCUGCCGCUCCUGAGGAGCUCGGCCCAGGGGGCUGCAUCGAACGCAUGCCCCGACGCGGAUGGGUUCUGCUCCUAUUCUUGGACUCCAGGCACCGGCAGCAACGUUGGAGGAAGCUCCGACCUUGGCCACCAGCUUUCAGCUUUGCAGGUCAUUCAGGCCAAUCUCGUCCCUCAUGCGAGUGGGUUGGCGUUGCCAGGUUCCUUGCCUUCUGGGCCUGGAAGCCUGACUUCGAUACCUGGAAACUCAAGUUCAGCGUCAGGGGACGCUACAAGCCCGAGCCAGACCCCGGGUGGAGAUACUAAUAGUGCUUCGACAUCUAGAGUUCGUGACCAUUGGGUGGCAGUAGCGGCGGUGUUGGUAGUAGCGGUGCUAGGCUACUUUGGCUGAACAUUAUUGGGAUUUAGAUACCCUAUAUUUACUUACUGUAGUCUCCAGAUUGGACAUAACAUAGAACAUGGAAUAGUGUACGAUACUUGUUACGGUCAGCCAGGAGUCAACUCAUCUUUUAAGAUGAACGACCUGUUUACUCCGCUAUAUCGAACCAUCUCGCCUCAAUCAUAUGUAGGGAAUAGCAAGGUGUUG